GCUUAAAAGCGAAAGCCUCUCUACGCUACGUGUUUAACCCAUCUACGUCGUUUCUUUUGUAUACCGCCUUCCUGCGUUGGUAUACGCGAGGCGGUUUACAAGGAAGCGAACCAACAUGCGCCACGAAGAUCGCAGUUCUUAUAACAGUCCCGCAUCCAAUACAAAUAAGUCCCAACAAAAACAAGCCCCUGUCAGCCCCUCUUCCAUCCUCUGAGAUGAUGGACUCCUGCCUCUGCUGCCGCCGCCGCCUUCUCUCCGGGAGAGGGCGCCAGUCUCAGCUCAACUAAAGCCCUGGAUUUCUCCAUGUUCUCUGCGGGCAGCUCCCCCUCCCAUCUCCAGGGCUUUGGGAGCCUGAAAGCUUUCGUUGUGCCCCUCUGCCGUUUUCCUAUCUCUAUGCGCCAACCAGCCUAGGCGGGGCGGGGGAGGGAAAUCCUGAAUUCGGAAGCGGAGUUUCUGCCCUUUCCCCCCUGCGGCCUCGCUUCGAGGAGCAGCCAGGUGGCGGAAGGUCUUCUGAACUCGACGAAAUCCAGUAUAGGCCUUAUUACAGUGGAGCCUCGACUUACAUAAGCCUCUUGCGGACAUUCCAAGUUGCAUCCGCAGCAAACCCGGAAGUAAACACCAGGUUUGCUGUGAUUCGCACAUGCACGGAAGUGGCUGCCGUUGAAUGCGCACAUGCACAAGAUGCCUCUUCUAGCGUCCCGUUUCGACCAGCGAAAGGACCUCCGGAAUGGAUUAUGUCUAUUUCCCCCCCAUUGCAAAUAGAAUCCAAUUUAUGAAGGAACAUUAACAUUUCAAGCGUUAGAACACCAAUGAACGUUACAGUAGAAAUGCCAAAGGAAAUAUUUCUGAUGAGAGAUCAUCCUUCAUUAUUCAGAUCCUGCGAGACUGGGUGUAUUUUUGGUUUGCCGGAAAAACUUUCUGAAGGCAACACAGCACAAGACAUGAUGCCGUUGAUGACCUCUGAUGAGGGCCCUAAACAAAGGAACUGGGGCUUACUGGUCACCGGCGUUAUUGGUGGGACAUUAGUGGCCCUGUACUCUGUUGCCACGCCAUUUAUUGCCCCUGCGCUGAGGAGGCAUUGCCUGCCAUAUGUCCCUGCAACUUCAAAGCAGGUUGAAAAUGUCCUGAAGAUGCUAAAGGGCAGAAAUGGACCCCUGGUUGAUAUCGGUAGUGGUGAUGGGCGCAUUGUAAUAGCAGCUGCAAAAGUUGGAUUCAAAGCUGUUGGUUAUGAAUUAAAUCCUUGGCUCGUGUGGUAUUCCAGGUACUGUGCCUGGAGAGAAGGAGUUCAUCAGGAUACCAAAUUUUACAUUUCAGACUUAUGGAAGGUACGAGAACAUUUACAACUGAUCAGCGAUGCUAGUAAAAUGGUCAGUUUUUCCCAGUACACAAAUGUUGUUAUAUUUGGAGUACCUCAAAUGAUGCUGCAACUAGAGAAGAAGCUUGGAGAAGAGCUGGCGUCAGAUGCCAGGGUCAUUGCCUGCCGCUUUCCUUUCCCCCACUGGAGACCAAAGCACAGCUUUGGAGAGGGCAUUGAUGCUGUGUGGGCAUAUGAUUCAGAAUCCUUUGGAAUGAAAGAAGAAAAUGAUUUCAUUAAGACUAAGUGCAUUCUUUCUAAUUAGUUUAAAUUCCAGAAGUAUUGCACUGGUGCCUUUAAACAGUGAAUGUGGGCAUUUUAUAGAUAGUGGGAGAAUAUUUCGGUAGUGGUAGCACUAAAUGCUUUCCUGAAUAUUUCCUGUAUCUUUUCAAGGAGGGCUUCAGCCAUGAAAAAUACUUGUACAAUUCCCCCCCCCCCCAGUCAUGGUGAGGUGGGAUAUAACUUUAAUUUAAAAAGUAAAUGACAGAAUUAUGACUUACCAAUUCUUAAAAAUGCACUGGUAAAAUGUGUCCUCAGUUAUAUGUGUAUUUCACUUUAGUGCAUAAUCAGUAGUAAUAUCUAACAAGGUUUUAUUAAAAAUUGGGCUGUCUGAUACAGCUAACUUUC